AUGACAGCUUGUGGAGAGAGGGGUGGCGGUUUUGGCUCUUCUGCUAGUGAUGGUUUUGGCUCUUCUGCUAGUGAUGGUUUUGGCUCUUCUGCUAGUGAUGGUUUUGGCUCUUCUGCUAGUGAUGGUUUUGGCUCUUCUGCUAGUGAUGGUUUUGGCUCUUCUGCUAGUGAUGGUUUUGGCUCUUCUGCUAGUGAUGGUUUUGGCUCUUCUGCUAGUGAUGGUUUUGGCUCUUCUGCUAGUGAUGGUUUUGGCUCUUCUGCUAGUGAUGGUUUUGGCUCUUCUGCUAGUGAUGGUUUUGGCUCUUCUGCUAGUGAUGGUUUUGGCUCUUCUGCUAGUGAUGGUUUUGGCUCUUCUGCUAGUGAUGGUUUUGGCUCUUCUGCUAGUGAUGGUUUUGGCUCUUCUGCUAGUGAUGGUUUUGGCUCUUCUGCUAGUGAUGGUUUUGGCUCUUCUGCUAGUGAUGGUUUUGGCUCUUCUGCUAGUGAUGGUUUUGGCUCUUCUGCUAGUGAUGGUUUUGGCUCUUCUGCUAGUGAUGGUUUUGGCUCUUCUGCUAGUGAUGGUUUUGGCUCUUCUGCUAGUGAUGGUUUUGGCUCUUCUGCUAGUGAUGGUUUUGGCUCUUCUGCUAGUGAUGGUUUUGGCUCUUCUGCUAGUGAUGGUUUUGGCUCUUCUGCUAGUGAUGGUUUUGGCUCUUCUGCUAGUGAUGGUUUUGGCUCUUCUGCUAGUGAUGGUUUUGGCUCUUCUGCUAGUGAUGGUUUUGGCUCUUCUGCUAGUGAUGGUUUUGGCUCUUCUGCUAGUGAUGGUUUUGGCUCUUCUGCUAGUGAUGGUUUUGGCUCUUCUGCUAGUGAUGGUUUUGGCUCUUCUGCUAGUGAUGGUUCUGGCUCUUCUGUUGCUGCCAGCAAAGGUACCCCUGCUAGUGAUGGGAGCAGUACUUGCAGCUGCAGCGGGACAGGGGAGCAGCAGCAGCGCACAGGAGGGGGGUCAGGGUGGGUGAUAGGGGUGAAGGAGUGUGAACCUCCAAAAGAAGUAGCGGCAGGGGUGGAAGGUUGGAGGUACGAAGAAGGGGUUGUGCUGGCAGAUGUGACGAUGCAGGCAGCACAAGAGGUGCUGCCACAUGUCAAGCAGGCAUUGGAGCAGAUGCGGGCCGGGAACGGUGGGGAUGGAGAUGCAUCGUGGCUGCAGGGAUUGGUGCAGCAUGAGAGGGUGUGUGGUGGCAUGGUGUCAGCUGAUGGGGAGAAGGCACUCAAUGAGAUGUUCUGA